AUGAGCAGAAUCAGUAUUCCAGAAGAGAAUCUCAACUGUCAUCACAUUCUCUUUAUCAAGGAUGUCAAGGAAUCAGCAUUCAUACACAACCGCAACUGCUACAAGACCAGAAACACAAAUCUGAGCUAUAGAUUUGCCAGGCUGAAUGGCGUUAUUAUUGUCACACAGAAAUCCUCAUUGUCAAACAGAAGCGAGGAUUCUAUUUGGUUAGACGAUGGUACAGACGUGAUUCGAGUUGAAUUACCACAGACCGUACUAUUGAGAAAGAAUGCAUAUCUCAUCGAAAAAGGUGCAUCAUUGACAGUCUUUGGAUCAGUUCAGACAUUGGAUGGCGACGAGAUCAUUUUGCAUUGCAAUGGAUUCCAGGUGGAUGAGGAUGGUGGUGCCCUGAGUGAGAUAUAUCAUUGGCUGAAAGCGGUAGCAGAUCGACCUCGCAAUGUAUCAUCCCAAAGAAACAUGUUUUACAGUGUAUCAUCAGCUCCAUCUCCCAACCGUUUGCUCAAAGAGGACUUUAUGGUGUCGCCUUUAAGAGACUUUACAACAGACAAUAGCAAGUACCUGUGGUCCCCGGAUCACGUCUUUGCCACAUCUACACCGUUGAAGCUGAUGCAAGAAAAUGAACCAGGCGCAAUGGCAGCAAUCAAUGAGGAUGAGGAUGAGGAUGAGGAUGAGGAUGAUGAGUUUGAUACCUUUGGAGAGGACAUUGAUCUAGCUGCUGUAGAAGCUGCUGCUCUGCAACAAUUCGAACAGCAGCAACAGCAGCAACAACCGAAUAAGCGUAAAUACUCAUUGUCCAUGGAUUGA